AUUAGCAAAACCUUCGUUUUUUAGGAAUAAUAUAACUUGUUAGACAUUUAAAUUGUUGUAAAGUUCUAUAUAACCUUGAAUCCAGGUGUGAAGGACAUAAGGAAAGUUUUUCAAAUCAAAAUAGAUGGAGAUCGAAAAAAUUUUCUCAGCAUUAAAAUUCAACAGAUGCAUUUGUUUCUAAAAAAACAGAUACAUACAAUGAAACAUUAUUAAAUCUCUUCUGAUUGUAAGCCAUUGUGCGAAAAAGAAAGUAGAAACAAAAUAAGUUAAUUCGUAAUUUUACAUUUGUUCAUGAAUUGUUCAUAUUCUUAAUAUACAAUAUAUUCACAAUUGGAAUAUUUAGAAAAAAAAUGCAGAGUACCCUUUUUAUCAUCCUACCAUUAGUUUUACCCAUCCAUGCACAACUAUAAAUAGUUAAUAAUAGAAAUAAAAUUCUCUUCCCUGUACCUCAAUUUAUUCCACUUAAUUUGCAUAACCCUACUGAUUAAAGGUACUUUUUAAUAUCAUUAAUCGUUACUCUAGUCCAACAAAAAUAUUAAGUUAGUGUUAAUAGUUUUUACAAUCUAAAAAAAGAAUUUUUCGUAUGAAGAAAGUAGGUUUAACUUAUACGUCGGAAUUUAAAUUAAAAGUAAAACAUUGAACUCUGCGUGUCGCUGUAUCUGGCUAUUUCUACCCGCAUGGAGAAUCCAGAAUGUUUAUAUAAAGUACCAUCUAUCAUUUCAGAAAAUAUGUUCCUCGUUUCACUUUUAGGCCUGUUUGACUUUGUCAGCCAAAGUCUUUUUUAAAUUCAAAUCGCUUCGACAAUUUCAAUCGUCUAGAUGAGAUCAAGAAGGUAUGGCACCCAGAAGUAAACGCUCUAAAGUUCGGAAGGACGAUAGCCAACAAAGAAAAGUUUCAAAGUUUUUUGCCUUAAAGUAUAUUGGAAAUGUACGACAUUUGUAUGUGAAAUUCCAAGGAAGCAGCUACUGGAAGUGCGACUGGAUAAGAGAAGAAUGGAUCAAGAAAUAUUCUGGUUGUCUUUAUCAUCAUUGGAAAAAGGAUAAUCCAAAACCUGUCACUUUCAAUUCCCAUCACAGUCAUAUCGAAAUGUGCAGAAAGCUGGACCUAACUACACGCCUUCUUGUUGACCGAGUCGUAGCCUGCCGACCAAAUAAAGAUCAACCUGGUGAAAUAGAAUAUUUCGUAAAGUGGAGAAAUUGUGAUUUGGAUGAAGCUACUUGGGAAGACCCUAACUUUCUCCAAGCAAAUAUUCCUGAAUUUGAAUCAAUUUUAAAUGACUAUAUACUAGAGAUACAAAAACUAACACAGGACUGGUCACUUCCAAGGAAGCUUGUCAACCCAAAAGACCUAAGGCAAGAAAUUAUUGAGUGUCCAACCUACAUCCGUGAUAUGAACUUAAAAAAAGCUCAUUGGAACAUCUUGAAUAGAUUACGUAAAACAUGUGUUGAACGACGUAUUGCCGUUUUGGAAAGAUUACCAUUACCUCAAAGACAAAAAUUUAUUAUAAGCUUAUUGAAAAGCAUAAGAGCAGAUAAUAUUGUCGGUCCGGUUCUCAUGAUUUUACCUUUGCCUGGUAUGGUUUCCUGUUGGAGUGAAGUAAUUAGACGCUACAUGCCAGGUAUAAGAAUUAGAAAAUUUAUGGGAAAUAAGGAAUCAAGAGAAGCUUUAUGGCGUUACGAAUUCUUCCAUACAAUUACCAAACCAAAUCGCUGCAAGGUUCCAAGAUUUGAUAUUGCAUUGACUACUGGAUUGAUCUACUCUUGUGAUUGGAGAAGUUUAGCUAUAUGUCCGUGGUCAGUUGUACUAGUGGACAGUAUAACUUUCUCUUCAAACUCCAGCAGACUUGCUAGUCAUAAUAUUCUUCCUGGUAAAUUUUUAACGCUAUUGACAACAAGCGUGAAAUUGAAAGAAGAGGAAAAUAUUGAACUUUUCGAAGCUUUGGAACUCCUGGAUCCCAAAAAUAUUGAAAUUCAGAGAUGCUUAGAAGCUCUUAAGGACAAAAAUAAGAAACUCUAUAGUGAAAUUACUCCAAAGUACAUUAUUAAUCUACAAACUGAGAUUGUUCCUAAACCUUUAGAAUUUGUCUUCCUUAUUGAAAUGACAUCAUUACAAAAAUACUAUUAUCAGAAAGUUACAAAACAAUUUAUUAAUAGAAAAGAAACUUUCUCCUCGCAUAGUGUAAAAACUUAUAUUGAUGAAUUGAGGCAUUGCUGCAAUCAUCCAUUUUUGUUGGAUGAUCACGAAGGGAUACAUAUGAUAAGAAGUAAAUCGAAUGAUAUCGCGACUAUUAUAGCAGCUUCAGCAAAGUGUCAAAUACUCUUACGACUUUUAAGAAAAAUGAAUCCGUUGGAAGAUCGCUGCUUAAUUUUAUGCUCGUCAGGACCUAUGCUAUCCGUUAUUGGAAGAGUUGUAAGAAGUCAAGACUACACUUGCAAAUACGCCUAUGACGGCUAUAGAUAUUACGAUCGUGUGGUGUUACUUGCUUUUGUUGGAUAUUUCAUUAUUAAGAAUGUUCUUGAAAAUAAAACAGAGAGAAAGGUGAGAACUUUCUGUUAUUUGGUUUGUGUUGACAAAGAUCGAGUAGUAUUAAAUCCUUCUGCUUCGGAUACAAUUAUUCUAUUUGAUGUGGACUUGGAGAGAUUGAGAGAUAUCAAGAUCCUUAAGUUAGCAAGAAAGCGUGGUUGUACGAUUUAUCGUAUGACUUGUCGAAAUACCAUUGAAGAAAGUAUCUCGAAGUUAAUAGAAAGAAAGAUGCUUUUGCAUGCUAUAAAACAUUCUGGGAAACAUCCGUAUGUCAGAAAAAUAUUAAGAAGUCCUUGGACAGAUCCAUUAAAUUUUAUUGGAAUAUCUCAUUUACUAAAUUCUCAAAUAGAUGAUGAAUUUGACAAAGAUAUUCUUAGUCUUUCUAAUGAUGAUUUGCAGAAAAUAUGGACUGUAGGCCUCUUCGGACACGAAAGAGUUAAUAGAUACUUGCACCCGUUUCCAGUUUGCAGACCUUCUGAUUUCACCGAGGAAGAUAUUUCACUUCUUAUUCGAGAUGAACUUUUGGAAACUGGGAAAGUAUUACCGUUCGCCAAGAAUGAAGAUUUUGGGCAUAUGUUUCAUCAAAUAACUUUAGAAAGCAGUUACGAAGAAGAAGAUCGCACUUUUAUCUUCAAAAAAAAGCCAUUAUGGUGCAAAGUCUCAGAAAAAUUUGAGGAUACUGACAAAAGAAUUAAUAAUUUUCCUGCCAAGGAACUAGUCAGUGAUACUGACCUGGAUAUAGAUUUUUGUGACAUUGAUAUGAUUGAACCGAGUAUUGGAAAUGAUAUGAGGCCCAUUGAAGAUGCGGUCGUAGAAAAGUUAAUACCAACGAGUGACAACCAAAUCCUACAGAUUAAAUAUUUGAAAGAUCUGCGCUCUAUAUGUCAAGAGGGUUUUGUACUUAAAUUGGAUGAUGUUGAAACGGUUACGCGAGGAAUUACUAAAAAAGCACAACUUACGGCCUUAUUCAAAAGUAGACAAACAAAUGUAUAA